CCAAUAUGGAAGAAUUUAUACUCAAUGAUGAUGUAUAUGAGCAAAUAAAAGAUUUUAACUAUCUGAACCUAACUAAAGAACAAAGUUCGUUAAUUGAUAAGUUAAUAUUAAAUGAAGAAUUAAAAGAACGUUAUAAACAAAAUGGUUUAUGCAAAGAAUGUAAGCAGCCUAAUACUGGUGGUAGUUGGUGUAAUUCAUGUAAUGCUAAGAAUUUUCAACAAAAUUUCAAAAAUUGGACCAGUGGAAAUCAUGAAGUUGACAAGUUUAUUCAAAAAACACAACUUAAAGCUAAAGGAUAUUGUGAGGUUUUAGAAUGGAUUGAAUAUGAUAGAUUUGAAAAUGUUGAAUACUUGGCAAAAGGAGGAUUUGGAACUAUUUAUAAAGCAAUUUGGAAAGAUGGAUAUAUUUUGGAUUUUGAGAAUAAUGAAUGUAUAAGAAGUAAAUUUUGGUUUAGGAAAUAUGAGAAUUUUCCAGUUGUUUUAAAAUGUUUACAUAAUUCUCAAGAUAUUACGUCUGAUUUUUUAAGAGAAAUUGGAACCCAUAAUAUGAUUCCAGGUACAGGUAAUAUAACACACUGUUUUGGCAUUACUAAAGAUCCAGAAUCUAGAAAUUUUAUGAUAGUAAUGGGAUAUGUAAUAAAUGGUAGUUUAAGACAACAUUUAAAUAAUAAAGAUAUUUUUUCUUUAAUUACUGAUUUAGGAUUAUGUCGACUAGCGAAUGUAAAUCCAUCCCAAAAUGAAUGUAAAGAACUAUAUGGGGUAUUACCCUAUGUAGCACCAGAAGUUUUAAGAGGAAAAGAAUAUACUCAAGAAAGUGAUAUAUAUGGAUAUGGAAUUAUUGCAUAUGAAGUCUGUACAGGGCUUCCUCCUUAUCAUGAUAUUGUUCAUGAUAACUUCUUAGCUAUUAGCAUUUGUCAAGGACUUAGGCCAAAAUCGAAUUAUAAAAUUCCUCAAUUAAUUCUAAACAUAAUUAAACAAUGUUGGGAUGCUGAUCCUUUAAAACGACCUAAAGCAAAUGAAUUGCAAAUGUUAUUAUUCAAUUUAUGGUAUGAAUCAAAUGCUGAUGAUGAAACUGAAAUCAAAAAGCAAUUUGAAGAAGCAGAAAAAGUUAAUGAGAAGUUAACUUCCUCUUCAUUGAUAUAUACUGGUCCUACUCUUUCAUAUACUACAAAUCCCCAAGCAGUUUACACGAGUAGACUUUUAAAUUUUAAAAAUCUUCCAGAACCAAAAAAUGCUAUUGGUAACAAGGAUGAUGAUAAUUCAUUUGGAGAAUAUUCAGAAUCAAUAGAAGCAAUAGAUUUUACUAAACUAGAUCUAGAUAAAAGCAGCUGAUAUAAAUUUCUUUUAUUAUUUACUAUUUAUUUUUUUUAACAUUACUACAGAUAUGAUAUUUUAUUUUUUAUAAUUAAAUAAAGUAUUAUUAUAUAUAAAAUUAUAUGAAAAAUAAAUAGAAUGAAUUAUAUGUAAUAUGCUAUAAAA